AUGGCAGAAGUGUUUGACUUAGCUCACGCACUGGUAUGGAAACUAUCUGAUCCCGCACUGGAAGAGGAUACGAUUGUGGCCUCAAAGUUCCUCCCCAACUACAGACUCGCGGAAUUAGAGUCGGCCAGCGCGUUGGACGUGCUACUCCGGACGGCGCGUGCUCUAGUUGGCAGGCUCAUCAAUCGACAUUGUCGCCUCAAUCGCAUUCCUCCAGAGCUUCUGACCCACAUUUUCUCGUUUGUCUUGAACGACGGCCAGGGUAACCGACAAUAUCGCGACCCGCAACAUCCGUCCUGGUCCCCGAGAGGUCCGGCAGGCCAACCCCGCAAUUUAGUCCCACUGACCGCAGUCUGUCAACGAUGGCGUAACAUUCUACUGGAGACGCCUCUCCUGUGGUCCACUGUCGACGACCACGUACAUUUCGAGGUCCCUCAUUUCACGUACUACAUACACCGUUGCCCUCGCGGACCCCUGUUCGUGCAUUUGCACGAGUGGCCCCAUAGGAAGAUAUUGAGACUGCUGGAGUCCCACGGCGAGCGCGUUCAGGACCUCUUCAUGAACAAGUGUGGCGCUUCCCAUAUCAUAGAUCUGUUCAAAGCGGAAGAGCUGCAGCGUUGUCGCUUGAAGUUCAGCUGCGGGGACUAUGCUGGUGGCCCCUUCCAUGCGCUCUUCCAGGGACGCGCCCCGAAGCUACAAAGACUGCAGUUGGAGGGCUCUCCCUUCCUCCCGUCCAACCACUUUCCCAGUCUUACCCACCUCAUCCUGGCUUGCCACCCGAUUGUCUUCUUUAGCGCUGAAGACCUUCAGGUAUUCCUGUCCGGUUGCCCUAGGCUCGAGUCGCUUUACAUCAAAACACGGGACAUAUCCCAGAUUCAAGUACCGGAGAAAUCCCCCACCGCGCGUAGCCCCCGCCUUCUACACCUUCGGAAAUUUUCCAUGAUCGCCGCUGCAGACUGGCAAGAUGGGCAGAACUUCAGCUUUGGCAACGAACCCGCAACUCAGGCCGAGCUUUCCGAGUUUAGAGACAAGCGCAGCGCUCUGCAAUACGCCCUCCUGUCAGCCGCCGUCCAAGUUCCGCAGUGCCUUGUCUACUUCAAUCCCAUAGCUUCCGCCAACUUGCAGAUCUGCGCGGAUCAUCUGUCGACGCUGAUCAGGCCUUCGUGCAUGCGCAUCGUCGAGACGGCUACCGCCUCGUUUACCCCGAAUCGUCUAUCGCUUGAGCUCGUCCACCCCUCGGAGCCUCAGGGCGUGCGCUUCGACUUGCAACUGGAUCGCGACGGCGAAGAUGUGGAGACCGCCAGGCAGAAUCUGCAGCGGGCUAUGGCUACCUCCCCGCUCUUCUCCGAUAUCCACGAGCUCCAUAUGCACUCCGGCUCCUCCGUAUUCCUGUGCCCGCCACAUUCUAUACUCCGGAGCCUACCCUCCCUGAAGUACUUGAUAUUCGGCUUUGACGAGCUGAAAAAAGCGGCGAGAAAUAGCAUAUUGGACACGCUCUCGGACGUAGACGGAGGCUCGGUCGUUUGUCCCCAGCUCGACUCCUUGUGGAUCGUAUUUCCCGACGGAGUGUCGACCAAGCCUCAUAUCGAGCGAAUGCACGCCAUCCUCGUCAGGCGCAUGGAAAUUUUGGGGCAUCCACUUCAACGCCUCCUCGUCCAGUUCGGCGACCAGCACGGUGCGAGGUCAGUACAGAAUGCGCGUGCGGAGCUAGGCGGUCUUGUGGAGCACCUCACGUUGGUCACGCGAUACUCGGAUGGGGCUCGAGUGAAGCGCGAGAAUCCCUGGCUACGUGAUUGGCAGGAUCUGGUCCCGCCGGGUUGUCGAGCUGGGGAGGACGAGAUUACUGAGCAUUGGCCUGGGUGGUAG